AUGGCGUUUUCAUCUGAAGAGGAGGCUUACAAUUUCUACAAAGCUCAUGCUAAAGAAACAGGUUUCAAGGUAAGGAAAGGAAAGAUACGACGAUUGUCAGAUAGAAGCAUUAGAACAAAAUUUUUCUUGUGUUCAAAACAGGGUUUUCGAAUGCAGAAGCAGGCUAACAAGACACCAAACUAUCAGAGAAAAGAGACCAGAACAGGUUGUGAAGCCAUGGUUCAUUUUACAGUUGACAAUGGAAAGUGGCUGAUCUCAGAUUUUAAUCCUAAGCACAAUCAUGACCUUCAAGGAAAGUCGGAUAUCAUUGUAGGUUCAUCCACCAAUGUCUCAUGUGAUCAUUCUAUGAGUACCACUAUGAAUGAAGCUGGGACAGUGAAAGAAGCAGGGGCUGCAAAUUCUGUGGGAUUUCAUAAUAUGGAAUGCACUAGCAUCUUAAAUGAUGAGAAAGUCAAUGGCCUACAACUUGUAGAUGGACAAAGUUUACUUAAUUAUUUCGGACGUAUGCAAGUAGAGGAUCCUUCAUUUUUGUACACAGUGCGAGUCAAUCAUAGAAACUGCCUAAUGAAUUUCUUCUGGAUGGAUGGAAGGUCAAAGAUAGACUAUGAUUACUUCGGGGAUGUUGUCAUUUUGGACACAACUCUUCGAGUUGAUGCAUAUAAUAUGACAUGUGCACCAUUUCUAGGAAUUAAUCAUCAUGGGCAAUAUAUCUUAUUUGGAGGCGCUUUGUUGCUUGAUAACAGCAGAGACUCAUUCCUUUGGUUGUUCAGGACUUUUCUGGAAGCGAUGGGAAACCGUCAACCAAAAACAAUAUUCACUGAUGGGUGUCAAGCACUGUCGGACGCACUAGAGGUGGUGUUGCCAGAUACUAAACAUCUUCUUGGUCUACGGUAUAUCUUCCAAAAUACUGCAGAGCAUCUUUCCAGCUAUUCUGGACAAACAGAUUUUGACAGCCUCUUCAAUAAAUGUAUCUUUGAUUGUGCAUCAGAGGAGGAAUUUGAGUCCAUGUGGGGGUCUUUGCUGGAGCAGUAUAAUCUUUAUGAAAAUUCAUGGCUUAAGGAUCUGUAUGCAUUGAGGGGAAAAUGGUCUCAGUACACCUGUAAGAGUAUCUUCUCUGCCGGCAUGCGAUCACCUCAAGGCUAUGAGAGCUUUUGCAAAAUUUUGCAGAAUUGGACUAAUGAGAUGAUGACUCCAUUGAAGUUUAUUCAAAAAUACUUAAAGAUAGCAGAACAACAGCGUACAGAAGAACUAUAUGAAGAUUUUCACUGCCAUGGAAGUGCAGCAACAACAAUUUUAAGAAGCAAUGCAAUGGAGAAAGAAGCAGCAAAGAUAUAUACUUCUGCAAUAUUCAAGCUUUUCCAAGCUGAGUUGCUUGAAUGUCUGUCAGUAGCAGUAGAAGAGAUUCCAAGUGAUGGGAUGAAAACUAUAUUCAAGUUAACAGAGGGAGACCCUCGUAAGGAGAAAAUUGUUGAAUUCAAUAGUUCGGAAUCCCAUGUCAUAUGUAGCUGUAAAAAAUAUGAAUCAGUUGGAAUCUUAUGUGUCCAUGCUCUGAAGGUAUUGAAUGCUAGAAAUAUCUUUCAUAUACCUCCUCAAUACAUCUUAAAGAGGUGGAAAAAGUCUGCAAAAGAUGGGAUGGUUGCAGAUUGUCAUGAAGCAGAGGUUCCUGCUGAAAGCCAAAGGCAUUUGCAUCCACUUAAGAGCAAACUUAUGCACAAUGCCCUGAAUGUCAUCACUAAAAGUUUAGCUAACGAGGGGACUUCGAUGAUAGUUGACAAUCAUCUAAAAAUGGCAUUGAGAAAGGUAGAAGAUGCUUUAAGGACUAAAAAUAUUGGACAUCUUAACACAAUUGAUGUUGAUGUUCACUGCAACGAUGAUGCUGUUAGUGCAAAUCACAUUGAUUGUACGGAAUCAGAACAGACUAUAGCGAGUCCUUCAAGGAUAAAUCGACAGGAAGUGUCAAAAAACAUAAUGAAAUGUCAGUUGAAGAGGAAAUAUGAAAAUGAAGUGAGAGGGAAGAACUGUAAGUUUAGUGAUGGUGUGAUUCUCCAUUAUAUUCUCAAUUGUUUGGUCUUUUUUAAUGCUUAUAAAUAUAAUACACAUAUUUAG